AUGACACGAUCAUCACUAGCACUUGUUUUCUUUGGUCUGGGCACCGCUGCCUUGACUGGCAGUGCGUUUGCGCCGUCACCCAGUACCAAUAGCAGACCCACAAAGUCGUUGGGGCCUCUCCAUGUCUCGUCGGCAUUGCCCACCAACCCCAUGGAAAGCAGCAAUCAGCAUCAGCAGCAUCAUGAAGAGACUGUAAUUUUACCACCCAAUGUGCAUGCUCCCGUUACGGUCAUCAAUUCCCCGCAAGAACUGGCGGCUUUUCUGGAACAAGACGAACGACUUUGUGUCAUCAAAUUCCACGCUGCCUGGUGCAAAUCCUGUCAACGCUUUGGAGUCAAAUUCCAAGGUCUGGCCAAUCAAAAGGCGGAUUGGAUCGGCAACAAUGAUGAUGACAAUACUGUAGUGCAACCCGGUCCCAUGCGCUUUGGAAGCAUUGAGUUUGGCGCCAACAAGGACAUGUGCCGUGCACUGUCAAUCAAGCGAUUGCCGACGGUCCAUUUCUACCAAAAAGGACAACAACUCGAAGAGUUUCCCUGUGGACCGUCCAAGUUCCCUCGUCUCCUUGCAACGAUUGAUUACUUUUUGAACCCACAAUCAUCGUCGUCUGCAUCACAAUUGUUCGAAACGACAUUGCAAGAAGGACAACAACUCAUGUCCAGUGGAGAAGUGGCAGGAGUGUUGCAAGAAAUGAUGGCAAAACAGGCCGAGGGAACAUUCGAACAGGCUCCUGCCAAUGAGAAAGCCAACAACAAACAGAAGAAAAAGAGAAAUGUGGCAUGGUGGAAUCCAAUGCCCUAA